AUGGCAACGAACGGAAUCAACGAGAACAGCACAGCUCCAUCCACAGGGCUCGGCAAAGAGUACACAGAGCAUGUCAUCAAGGCCAUGGGACCAAAGACAGAUCCACGGCUACGACAGGUGAUGAGCUCUUUGAUCCGACAUGUACACGACUUUGCCAGGGAAGUCGACUUGACAGUCGACGAAUGGAUGACCGGUGUUCAAUUGAUCAACGAAUGUGGUCGUAUGAGCGACAACAAGCGAAACGAAGGACAAUUACUCUGCGAUGUCAUCGGUCUGGAAUCGUUGGUCGAUGACAUAACAUAUAAGAAGGCCGCAGAGGCGGCAGACUCUGCAACAGCGUCCGCAAUUCUUGGUCCAUUUUGGCGGCAGGAUACGCCAACUCGCGAGUUCGGCAGCACAAUUACCUUCGACACUCCCAAAGAUGGACGAGUCGCAUAUGUCCAUGGCACAGUGUCCGACGCCAAGAGUGGCAAACCCUUGUCGAACGCAACUGUCGAUGUCUGGCAAGCUUCUACAAACGGUCUUUAUGAGCAGCAGGAUGACAAGCAGGUCGAGCAUAAUCUUAGAGGAAAGUUCCUGACGAAUGAGAAGGGCGAGUAUGCCUUCUACUGCUUGCGACCAACACCUUACCCCGUGCCGAACGAUGGACCUGCUGGCAAAUUGCUCGAGCUGAUGGACCGCCACCCAUACCGGCCAGCACAUAUUCAUUACAUUGUGACUGCCGACGGCCACAAGCCCAUCACGACACAGAUCUUCGACUCUGGUUCGGACUACCUCGAUAACGACUCUGUCUUUGCUGUUAAGGAUGACCUCGUAGUAAAGUUCGAACCACGCAAAGGUGAUCCGCAAGCGAGCUGGGAACUGAAGUAUGAUGUGUCGUUGGCUGCUGAUGAUGCAAAGGGCGCUGGAAGCGCACCAACUGUAACAUCUAGCGCUGCUUCUUGA